UAAUACUCGUCACGCUAGUAACAAGUGUAAAUUAAUAAGAAGGCAAUUGAAUCGAUUCUAUACGUACGCGCUAGAUAAUCCCUAAAGGAGGCGAUGCGUAAUCAAGAGAUAAUCCAGGAAUCAUGUACUGAUUAAUAAAAAGAAGCAAUACAUUGAAAAUAUGCUGCGGUCGGUGUAUCGGCGCGCCGAGACGAGACGGACGGGACGAGACGAGACGAGACGAGAGGCGGUGGAGGUCGUGGUGCCGACGGAGGAGGCAAGUAUGUGUUCAUGACGGAGACCUCGUGCGUACUGGCCGAGUCGAGCUGAGCCACGAGCGGAGCCGUGGCUGAAACCGCAAUCGUCCUGGUUGGCCCCAUAACUCGGUAUUCGUGGUGCGCGGCUGCCGCGGUCGACAAUGUCGCGCGACUGAUCCGCGCCAGUCGUUCAACACCAGAGAGAUAGUGAGGACGGAAUAGAGGUAAAUAAAACUAGUGUGUGCACAUGUGAGAUAAAAGCCGCGGUCAACUAAUACGAGGAGUUUACAAUAGUUUUAUAUUGAUAUAGUGAGCCGACGGAGAAGAGACGUCUUUUACUCGAGGAGAGGAUACCGUGCGUGCCCUCGGACUCUUCUUUAGUUCUUCGGUACCUACCUUGCUCUCUUGCUCUCUCUGGCACGCGCCUUACAUUUCAAGAAUGUGACAGUGCGUUCAAAGCAUAGCGUGUUCAUCCUCGCGCGCGGAUACACACUGCGCGUAUGGUGUUAGGUUAUGUAUGUCUGGUGUAUUUAAAAAAUGUUCAUUGGUGCCCGUAAACCGAUAAAGAGUGAUCGGUAUAAUAUUGGCGUGAAGGUGGUGUUAUGUGGUGCCGGUGCGGUGGCGGCGAACAGAGCGAAGGAGCUGCAGCAACGCACUUCCAUGUACGCCGUCCUUUUGGCAUGCGUGCGAGCACGGGAGAUCUUUGACCAAAAAUCAUCUAUCCUCUACAAUAACAUUGCUCGUGCAUGUUUUAUAUUCAUACCGCGUGAAGUUGCAUCUCUUUUCUUUUAACGGGAAGGAAUUUAAAUAUUCAUAAAGACAGAGAAGAAAAGAAAGAGAGGGAAGAAACAGUUUUACCCUUGAGAGAACAAGAUCGCGCUCUCUCUUAUCGCUACUUUUUUCUCACUUCCUUUUUACUUGAAUUUUCAUAUUUAACGUUGUCGAAUUAAUCGCUGGUGUGAUAUACCCUUCUAUGUAGACCAGAGCGCUCAAUGUAAAUGUAAAUGAAGGUUCAAGGUGGCGAAGUGAUCCAUUCGUACGUGAGUGUAAAUCUUGUGGUUUCGCGUGUAUAAAGCAUAGGACACAUAAGUUGGUUAAUCGUGAAAGAUUUGAAAUCUUAUUCAAGAGAUAUCUACAAAUUCCGACAGGAUAAAAACUUCAGUGUAAGUCGUGAAACCUCAGGCAUAUUAUAGGCGCCGUGAAUGACCUGGAGACGUUGCUCAUACAGCAAAGUGACCCGCCGCUUCUAAAGCCAUAAUAACACAUUGAAAUAUCAAAGGUUCUCCAAAGUUUCCAUUGAACAAUCGGUGCACUGGCUGAAGGUACAUCCCGAGUAUCAGUCUCAGAACGGAGAAGUAUAAGAAUCGGAAAAAAGUUGAACGGGACGUCGCCGUGUGUUACGUUUCGAGUGGCGUGCAGUACGUCCACCUCGCUCCUCGCGUAUAGCUGCACUAUUUUCAGACUGGGUACAGCGGAAAGAGCGCGAUUAUAGCCGUUCCUCGAAAUUGCAGGAGGAAAGAGACAGUGAACGAGGGAGAGUGACACAUGAUAAAAAGAUAGAAAAGCCAGUGGAUUAGCUCUUGAAUAGUCGGUUGUGUUUUUCAUUGUUGUUACACGUAUAUACCGUUUAUAUCUGAUUGGUAGCUCACGUUCCUCUGUCCCAGGUCGAGACUUUUUCAAUAGCGAUAAGAAGAAGAAGAAGAAGAAGGUAUACCCAUUGUGGGCUCUACAUCGUGGCACGAACUCACGAGUAGCGUUGGUGCCGAGUGUGCAUAAUAUUCUUCGCGGCUACGUUGAACAGUACUGGCCCCCAAAUGCACAACCGGGAAAUCCUGUUUCAUGUUCAUGUUCUGGAGCAAACGGACGGUGCUCACUAGACGUCUUCUAAAGGCCAAGGUUCGCGGGGAGCAUGAAACCGAGUGUGAAACUCAAGAGGAUCAUUUUUUCGUUGCGAACGGUAACAGUACGAGCCAAGUGCGAGCACGGGCAUCCUCCUCCUCGUCCACCUCCUGCACGAGGGUUCAUCACCAGGCUUACCAGGGUAGAGACAAUGCCGAGGAUCCCGAUCGUCUACUGAGGUGCAAGGAGCUGCUCAAGUCUCUGAAGGAGAAUCAGCUGGAGAUGCUGCUCGCCGCCGUUGAGAGUUACGGGGCCGAUCUAAGCUCGUGCGUCCUGGUGCCGAGGAGGCACGUGCUCAUACCCGAGGACGAGGAACAGUACUAUUAUCAGGAGCAACACCACCAAGAGCAGACACAUUGGCCACCCUCGCCGCCAAUAUCCCCAACCUCACCAACUCGGCGAACCCAGCAGCAGCAGCGUCUCUCGCCGACGGAGGAGCGCAAUCCGGCGAAACCAGUUCGAGACCGAUGUCGAGGUCCCCGAACUUUGGAUUCGUCGCCUCUUCUCGAUCCGCACCUGCUCUCCUGCCAGAUCUGGCGGUGGCCGGACCUCGCCCACUCUUCCGAGCUUAAGAGACUUCCCGUCUGUCAUUCCGCUAAAGAUCCUGUAUACAUAUGCUGCAAUCCCUAUCACUGGAGUCGGCUCUGCAAACCUGAGUCGCCGCCACCCCCGUACUGCCUUAUAGCCGACAGGCUCAGACCCGAAGAUCGUGCUCCGAGUGAAGGAGAUUCGCGACAGUGCAGAAACUCCAGCCCUUUGCCAUUUCCUGGCUCGCUCACCACUAACGGAGAAGGCGAGGUGGGACAGAAGGAGUGGUGCACGCUGGCCUACUGGGAGCUGGGUGGUCGUGUAGGUCGUCUCUACCCUGUGGAACCAGCAACGGUGAACGUCUUCGAUUCCUUACUCGAUGGCGAUGGUCUCUGUCUGGCAACUCUGGCCGAGAAUCACACAGCAUCUCCAGCGGUCCAGAGAACGCGAAGCAAGAUUGGACUAGGUCUGAUGCUGAGCCAGGAAUCGGAUGGCGUAUGGGCGUACAACAGAUCGGAGAGUCCAAUCUUCGUGAACUCGCCGACCCUGGAUGAUCCGGAAUCCAGAACGCUCCUGGUCUACCGUGUACCUCCUGGGUUCUGCCUGAAUAUCUUCGACCGGACUAAGACUCUGCAGCUACCGUAUUGCGGUACCACGUCGCAGGCUCCAGCCUUUGCGUCCGGUCCCGUCGACGUCAACUCCGUCCGCAUCAGCUUCGCCAAGGGCUGGGGUCCCAAGUACUCAAGGCAGGAGGUCACCUCUUGUCCCUGCUGGUUGGAGGUCCUACUGGCACCCUGUAGGUGAUCCUCCCAACCGGCAUCUUCCACUCUCUCCAGUCCGCUCUUUGUCGUCGCUUCGCACUUGCCGUCGCGCAACGGAUCGCAUCACUGUGAACCAGGAGGCGUCUUGGAAGGUUACCCGAUUUCCGUCAUCCUCCUCGUCCUCGUAAAAGCUUGUAACGAACCUCCUCAUAUACGGCGCGGUAUCACGUUGCCAUGUUGAUAUUGAUAAUAAAAUGAGAUAUAAAGGUAGAAGACAUUGACAAUGAGAAUACGAGAAGUCAAAUGGAGUAUGGGGAUGCUGCGUCCUCCUCGGUGUGUCUGUAUCUAGUCCAGUGUCGUCAUCAACGACCUUGCCAGGUGACCGAAGUGGCUGUACGAAAGAUGGUGAACUGUACGCUCGAGUAGUCGACGAGGUAGAAACGGGACGUAGGUGGAUGUCAGGUGGCCGGGUGCCUUUCGAGACGGUGAGGAUGGUGUGAAUUGUAGAAUAAUGUCAAAGGGAAUCCGAUCGAAGGAUUCUUCGUCGUGAAAUCAUUGCUCGUUUAUGAAUGCGUAACAGAAUGUUAAAACACAAAUGCUGUAGAGUUUUCACUAUGUCGGACCCGGUCCCCUCUCUGUCGGUUGGGGUUGUACAUAUGUACAUGUACAGAAAUAUAAUAUCGUGCCUUUCCUGCUUCCUUCGUAUGGUGGUUGGUUUAGCCCCACGAAAUACCAGAGCACCGAGCUGGCUCGCCUAUACCAACUAGCCUAAAGCUUCGUACUACAGUAAUACACACGAUACUGUGAUAAGAGUCCAAUACGAAUUCUCCUUAUGAGAUGUACGCGCAUGCGUAUGAUGGGUGUACGUUUACAAAGAGUUUUAAGAAAGAAAAAGAUGAAGAAAAGGGAAAAUACGAGAAAAUGCUUAGCGAAAGGAGGGAUUGAUUAUGGAAUGGAUGGAAGGAGGAAAAUGUUGGGAAUAUUUUGAAGAAUAAAGGUGCAAAGAAAAAUAAUAUUAUGAGAAUGGAUUAUAAAGGAGAGACACAGAGAGAGAGAGAGAGAGAGAGAGAGAGAGAGAGAGAGAGAGGGAGAGAGUGAGUGAGUGAGUGAGUGAGUAUGUGUGUAAGAGAGAAAGAGAGCAAAAGGAACGUUGGAGCGAAUGCUCGGAGAUAAAAUGUAAUGUACCACCAUACGUACGUAUUCAAACUCAAUUGACUGAUCGACCCGUAGUUCUGACCAUUAGUUAUUUUUGUACAACCACUUUUAUCGUGUAAAAGUGGACGUUACUUAAUAUUAUUGAAUGAAUUAAUUAAAUGAAUUAUACAAAAGAUCGCAAACGAUAUGUGAUGUGUAUAUGCCGCGUAAAUGUUAUAUAGGUAGCUAGGUAUAUCUAUACGGAAAAAUACGAUUUUUUAGGUCGUCCGCGAAAGUUAUUGUAACGAUGGCAAUUGGAUUCUCGAUUGAAGCAUACGGAGGUAGUAGGAUGUCCUUUUAAACGAAGGCUAAGGUGGAGUUAAGGGUUAAAGUUCGAUUGGAGGUUCGCGUGCAAUCCAACUCGUUCGUUUUCCUCCUUUCAGUUUCUGAUCUCCUAGUAUUUGCUACCCACGCGACGGCGAAUGAAAACUUUGAGACAUGGCGCCAGUCCUGCCAAUUCCUUUGACGCGGUAGUCGCCUACUCCGCAUCCUGGCGUAACGCGUGUCUCUGCAGUAUAUAUAAUUUUUUUUACGACCAUUCGUCUUGUGCAAAAAUAUUUACUCGCACGGUUUUACCCACCCACGCACAGAGUGCGUAUGCGAUACGUACAAUGCGUGAGUGGAUAAACAGUGGUCGAGCGAUUGAGCAGAUGAGAAACAAGAAUGAGGAAAUUGUCAAUGAGAAAGGGAUCAUUCGGAGUGGAUUAAAAGACUGCGUUCAACGACAGUUUUUAUAUGUAAAAGAAAAGUAAGAAAUGGACUGGAACCGCAGGAACAGUAAAAUAGAGACUCAAUAUUCUGUCAAGGAUUCCAUUGCUGUUAUCGUUAUUAUAACUUUCGCGUACACUAGAUUAUUUAUAAAUUUUCUAAUCGAAUAUUUGUAGAUAAUUUUAUUUAUAUUCUGUAUAAAACAAUAAAAAGAAAGAAACAAACACACGAACACAAUACUCGUACCAUAUGUAAUGCGUAUGAAAAGAAAUGCAAGAAUAUGGGAUAUAUGUAUAGCGAGACUCGUACGAAUAAUAAGAAGGGGGGGAUGUAUAUAUACAGGGUGGCGAAAAAUUCUCUAACAACGAGUAUCUAUCGUGCUAUUUCAUCAAGACUUCAAAGUGACACUCCACGAAUGCUAUGUUGCUUCGGUCUAUAUGUUUCUGUACCUAAUUUCAAAUUUUUUUUUACUUUUCUUCUCCCACCAACCUUCCUUGCACUCCCUUUACUCUUCGUUCGGCCAUUUGCUUCUUUUCUCCGUCUAUACACUCGUGGCGUAAAUAUUUAAUUAAUAGGAAGGGGCUGCCUGUGUCGCUUGAAAGCGAUGCCCUGCGUCUCUUGGUCUACCCGACUCGACACAGCAGCCAAUUGCGAAUCAUAUGUCUGUCACUCUGUGAAGGAAAGAAAAUUCCAAAAGGAUUACAAUAACAUUGCUGAUGCUGAUGCUGGUCCUGGCACAGCAUCCUGAAGCGUACCGAUGAGUCUUAUGUGAGCGAGAGACACAGGUUGAUAUUUUGAAUGGAAAUAAAAAUAUUUGAUCCAAGGCAAGCAUUACGUACUGUUAAUGAAUAAUAAUAAUAAUCGAUUGGCAAUGAUAAAGUAACAAAGGACCUUUUUUCCUCUUAAUGGGACACUGUGGCCACCCUGUGAUAGGAUUUGAUCUUGAAAUGGAUAGAGGGACUAUGAUCUGACCUCUGAUGUAAAGGUGAGAUGGUUUAAGGUUACAUAUAUAAAUUGAAUUUAGAUGAGAGGACACGAGGUGGAUGUCGAGGAGAAACCAGUUCUACUAGGGAUCACGUCUGUGAGAAACAUAGUGCCUUUAUAGCGUUCACUGUUAAUUAAAUUAGUGAUUAAUGCGAGAUGAUUAACGAUAUACUAUAUUGUUGUUAUUAAUAAUAA